CGAUCAUCGCCGUCAUCGGCCUGUCAAGUCGGCUAAUGUUUAAAAGCGAUUCGCUGCAUCCCCAUGGACAUCAGUUCCGAACAGUGAUUCGACGAAGAAAGUUCCUCGCGAGCUCAGUGCGCACAUUAUCCAGGUGCCGUGAUCCCAACCAAUUAGUGUGAUAUUUUUGUUGUCUGUGAAAUAACUCAAGCGUAACAGAAUGGCUUUGGAGCGUCAAGUUCGCGCUAAGAUCGCUGGCAAGCGUGACUUGGAAAAGGACAAAGAAGCACAGUACUGGAUCGAGGAGGUCCUACAGGAGAAAUUCCCGGCUGGUGUGCUGUACGAGGAUGCCCUCCGGGAUGGUCUGGUGCUGUGCAAACUGAUCAACAAACUGGCUCCCGGUUCGGUAGCCAAAAUCAACACCUCCGGUACGCAGUUCAAAAUGAUGGAGAACAUCAACCUGUUCCAGCAGGCCAUCAAAAAGUAUGGCGUUCCCGAUCUGGACGUCUUCCAGACGGUGGACUUGUACGAGAAAAAGGACAUUGCACAGGUCACUAGUACGAUAUUUGCACUGGGACGAGCGUGCUACAAACACCCGGAAUUCAAAGGACCCUUCCUCGGACCGAAACCGGCGGAUGAGUGCAAACGUAACUUCACCGAGGAACAGCUGAACGCUGGCCAGAGCAUCAUCGGACUGCAAGCCGGAACGAACAAGGGAGCCACCCAGGCCGGCCAGAACAUGGGCGCCGGACGUAAAAUCAUUCUCGGAAAGUAAACACAACUUGACUAGGCUUAGCGUUUGCUUUUGUUUAUUUUUUUUCUGGGAUCGUCGUCGGUUGAUCGCCGAUUUUGCAAUUUUGUUUUUUGUUUACUAUAUCUGGCCAAUCAUUACUUGCGAACUAUGCAAACAAAAAAUGAGAAAACCAAAAGGAUUGUAAUGAAGAGACUCCGCUCAUAUGUGUUAACGAUAAUGAUAAUCGGUUUGAAAAGUUGUCUCGAAUAAUCCAGUACGAUCAUUGUACCUAUACGUAUUGUAAGCUAAAAGGUGUUUUUCAUUUUACACAGAGUAUGAGAACUAUUUAUAUAAAACAAACAAAUAGAUACAUCUA